AUUAAAGAGUCACCGAGAAGAGCGAUCGAGCACACCCACCUCUUAUCAAAGGUACGGAGUACUUUUACUUCAUCUCAAAUCCUUCACGCCUCAGUUGUCCUAAGGGCCAUUUGUUUUUUUUUUCUUUUUUCCUGAAGUCCCCGGUCUCACUUGAGCCCUCCGACACAAUGUCCUCUUCUACUUCGUUUUCGUUAAAGAUUCCCUGCUCCUCCGCCAAUAUUGGACCUGGUUUUGAUGUGAUCGGUCUGGCAUUGUCCCUUCAUCUUGAACUCCAAGUCACCAUUGAUACUUCCAAGGCUCCAUCUCACCAACCACUCAAUUGUGUGGUCACUUACGAGGAUCGGAGCAACAGCGUUGAAAAGAUUGACUUGGACCCGGAAGUGAAUCUGAUCACCCGUGUAGCUCUAUAUGUACUUAGAUGCCAUGACCAGAGGGCAUUUCCCGCCGAGACCCAUGUGCACAUUGUAAACCCAAUUCCGCUGGGCCGGGGUCUCGGCUCAUCGGGCACUGCAGUUGUGGCUGGGGUAAUGCUGGGAAAUGAAGUAGGCCGCCUGGGUCUGAGCAAGGAGCGGAUGCUAGAUUACUGCUUGAUGAUCGAGCGACACCCCGACAACGUUGCUGCUUCACUCUUUGGGGGUUUUGUCGGAACCUACCUCAACGAGCUCAAGCCUGACGACGUAGCACGCAAGGAGAUCCCUCUUAGCGAAGUCCUUCCCGCCCCCGCCGGUGGCGUUGAUACUGGGAAGAGACCCCCGGAGCCUCCUCUUGGGAUCGGUCACUACAGGAAGUUCCAAUGGGCCAAGGAAAUCAAGGCCAUUGCUAUUAUCCCCGACUUCGUGGUGCCAACCGCCAACGCACGAAGCGUCUUGCCUAGUACCUACUCAAGGGCGGAUGUGGUCUACAAUCUCCAACGCGCCGCCUUGCUUCCUGCCGCGUUGGGCAGUUCUCCCCCAGAUCCCGAUAUGAUUUAUUUGGCUAUGCAAGACAAAGUUCACCAACCUUAUCGCCAGACCCUUAUUCCGGGCCUGACGGAGAUCCUUCAGUCAAUGAAUCCUCGUACACAACCGGGUCUUUUGGGAAUAUGUCUCUCUGGCGCAGGCCCGACUAUUCUGGCUUUAGCAACUAAGAACUUUGAGGAGAUCGCAGAUCGUAUCAUUGCUCGGUUUGCUUCCAACGAUAUUACCUGCCAAUGGAAGCUGCUCGAGCCUGCCCAAGCUGGCGCCACAGUCCAGUACUGAGGAUUGUGCUAUCUCUGCUACAUCAUAUAUGCUUCCCUCCCUUGAACAUGCACAAGCAUUUUCAGAUCCAAAGUUAGACGCUAUAGCUAUGAUUACUUGCCGAGCCUCGAGGGUGUUGCUCGGAUUUACUGAGCGAAAGCAUGCAAAUAAAAAUAGUUCCACGUUGGCC